GAUCCGCUCUCUUUCCCCGGAGCUUGCCUCGGACUCCCGUUUCCAUGGCUACCCUUCCCCGCGCCCUGCCCUGCCGCUCCGUUUCCAUGGAAACUCUCUCCCGCGGCUACGCGGGGCAGGGGCUCUCCGGACCCACUCGCCCUCAGUGCGCAGGCGCAGCCCCGGCCUAGACGCUCUCUUCCGCCCGGGCCUGGCAGCAGCGAGCGGAGUCAGGGCCGGGAUCUCCCCGGGCCCAGUGUCACCAACCUAUCCUUCCAAUACCUGGGCCAGGGUUGGGCAAGAGGCAGCCAUGACAAGCUCCCCUGUUUCCAGAGUAGUUUACAAUGGCAAGAGAAACAGCAGUCCUCGCUCCCCAAGCAACAGCAGUGAGAUCUUCACUCCUGCACAUGAGGAAAAUGUGCGCUUCAUCUAUGAAGCAUGGCAAUCUGUGGAGCGGGAUCUCCGCAGUCAAAUGGCAGGUGGUGAACGGGUUCUUGUAGAGGAAUAUGUGGAGAAGGUACCAAAUCCCAGUUUGAAGGCAUUCAAACCUGUUGACUUGAACGACCUAAAGCGACGGAACACACAGGACUCUAAGAAAUCCUAAAGUGGCUUGGGCUGUCCCAGCCGCAGUGCUGGCAUGUGGCCACUGGUACAUGAAUUUGAUAAGUUUGUGUUGGUUUCCUCCUUAGGUCUGGAUUGUGCCUGGGGCUGGCUCUGAAUUUCCUAGGAAGGAUUGGCUUUCUGCCUCUUCUUCUCAGCAUUCCCUGGCCUGGGCUGCCUGUCUUCAUUCUAGAAUUGAGCCCAGGAGUUCCUUUUCCUUAGUAAAUGACAUUUUAAUCUGACGAUAGCCAAGUGACUGGCAUGUGUCUUCUCUGUCUACAUGUGAAAUAAGACAGAAGCAUUGGGAACCACCAGACCUAGACUCUCCCUAAAGUCCUCUCAAAACCCAGCUGUUCUUAGGGAAAAGCUGAGAGGCUGAUGGGAAAGUGGUUAUGUAGUCUAUUCUGCCAAUACAAACCAGGAGCUUUUAGACUGCUAAUCCUUGAGCUUUUGGUCUGAAGAAUGGAACAGUAUUGCUCUGCCCGUUGGUACAGUGAUGAUGAAGAAGAACUGAAAAAUAGAAGCGUCAAGCCCAGGACAGUUUCUCAAGUGCAAACUUUUUGAGAUUCAACUGUAUCUGGAUAAAUCUGACUGGUCUCCCUUACCACGUGCUCAAAAGAUGCACCAGAUUCUGUGGUUUUUACACUUUGACUAGCAGCCCCAGCCAGGGGGGAGGUGGCAUUUCUGAGCUAGCCCCAGAGCCCAGCCCCCGUGCCCCAGCAGGGCUGGGGACAGCCUUAGUGUGUGCUGUUCACUAGCAAGUGGCAGAAGUACCCAUGCUUGUGCCUAGCCCAGGCAUUGGUGUUGGGGACCCUACCUAAAAUAGGUAGGCAAGGGCAUGGUGGCUGUUUCUUUCCCUUUGUUAUGUCCCCCUUUGAAUUGUGUCUGUCUUUAAGGGGUGUUGUAAAUAAAACUGGUUAGUCAUUUUGA